AGACAAACCAAUGAUGAUCAUCACAGAACACAUGGAGAACGGAGCUCUGGACAGGUUCCUUAAGGACAACGACGGAGAGUUCAGCCCCAUCCAGCUGGUCGGCAUGCUGCGCGGUAUCGCCGCCGGCAUGAAGUAUUUGUCCGAGAUGAACUACGUCCACCGCGACCUUGCCGCUCGGAACAUUCUGGUGAACAGCCAGCUGGUCUGCAAAGUCUCCGACUUUGGCCUGUCUCGGGUUCUGGAGGACGACCCCGAAGCCACGUACACGACCAGCGGCGGGAAGAUCCCUAUCCGAUGGACCGCCCCUGAGGCCAUCUCCUACCGGAAGUUUACGUCUGCCAGUGAUGUGUGGAGUUACGGCAUUGUCAUGUGGGAGGUGAUGUCAUACGGUGAACGCCCUUACUGGGAGAUGUCCAAUCAGGAGGUCAUGAAGGCCAUUAAUGAAGGUUUCCGCCUGCCGGCUCCCAUGGAAUGCCCCCUCCGCCAUCUACCAGCUGAUGAUGCAAUGCUGGCAACAGGAGCGAAACCGCCGGCCGAAGUUCCCGGACAUCGUCAGUAUCCUGGACAAGCUGAUCCGAGCCCCCGAAUCUCUGAAGACCCUGGCUGACUUUGACCCAAGAAUCUCCAUUCGGUUGCCCAGCACGAGCGGAUCGGACGGUAUGCCCUUCCGGAGUAUUGCCGAGUGGUUGGAGUCCAUCAAGAUGCAGCAAUAUACGGAGUGCUUUAUGGCUUCGGCGUUCAACACCAUGGACAAGAUCAUCCUGAUGAGCCAAGAGGACAUCAAGCAGCUGGGCAUCCGACUCCCGGGCCACCAGAAGAGGGUCGCCUUCAGCAUCAUGGGACUCAAAGAACAGGCCAACCAAAUGGGGAUCCCCAUCUGA